CAGCUGUGGCCGCCUCCCCAUCCGCGGGCGGAGCGACCCGGGCCCCGGCCGAUAUAAAGAGUUCGAAGAGGCCCGGCGACUCUUGGGCUGCGCCACACAGCAGGUCCUACCGCGUCUACCCUCGGCUCGGCUCGGCGCAGGGAGAGCGGGGCCCAGCAGAACCAGCCAGCAGCCUCCUUCCCUCAGGUGUGUGCUGAAGCAACAGCUAUUGAACUAUGGCAUCCGUAAAGGUUUGGUGUAUUUUAGUUCUGAGCUUUCUGCUGCCUCAUUCUUAUGCCCAUAUGGACUUCUUCACUUCAAUUGGUCACAUGACAGACUUAAUUAACACAGAAAAAGACCUGGUGACAUCACUGAAAGAUUAUAUCAAGGCAGAAGAGAGCAAGCUGGAACAGAUCAAAAAAUGGGCAGAGAAGUUAGAUCAACUGACAGACACUGCUACAAAAGACCCAGAAGGAUUCUUGGGGCAUCCUGUAAAUGCAUUCAAGUUAAUGAAACGACUUAACACUGAGUGGGGUGAACUGGAGAAUCUGGUCCUGAAGGACAUGUCAGAUGGCUUCAUCUCUAAUAUGACUAUUCAACGCCAGUAUUUUCCUAAUGAUGAAGAUCAGGCUGGUGCAGCCAAAGCUCUCCUACGGCUCCAGGAUACCUAUAAUUUGGAUACAGACACCCUCUCCAGGGGGAAUCUUCCAGGUGUAAAGCACAAGUCUUUUUUAACAGCUGAAGAUUGCUUUGAAUUGGGCAAGAUUGCAUACACCGAAGCAGACUACUAUCAUACUGAGCUAUGGAUGGUGCAAGCUCUGAAACAGCUUGAUGAUGGAGAGGUGUCUACUGUUGACAAAGUCUCCAUUCUAGAUUAUUUGAGUUAUGCUGUGUAUCAGCAGGGGGACCUGGACAAAGCAAUGAUGCUCACCAAGCGACUUCUUGAGCUGGAUCCUGAACAUCAGAGAGCAAAUGGUAACUUAAAAUACUUCGAAUAUAUCAUGUCUAAAGAAAAAGAAGCAAAUAAGUCUACUACCAAAACAGAUAGCCAGACUGACAAGGAAUCAAAGACUAAGAAAAAGGAACCAAGCAAAGAUUACCUGCCAGAGAGACAGAAGUAUGAAAUGCUGUGCCGUGGGGAGGGUCUCAAAAUGACGCCUCGGAGACAGAAGAAACUCUUCUGCCGCUAUUACGAUGGAAACCAGAAUCCCAAGUACGUUCUGGGUCCUGUCAAACAGGAGGAUGAAUGGGACAAACCUCGGAUUGUUCGCUUCCUUGAAAUUAUUUCUGAUGAAGAAAUUGAAACCGUGAAAGAACUAGCAAAGCCAAGGCUGAGCCGGGCUACUGUACAUGACCCUCAGACUGGGAAACUGACCACAGCACAUUACAGAGUCUCUAAGAGUGCCUGGUUGUCUGGAUAUGAAAGCCCUGUGGUAUCUCGCAUUAACAGGAGGAUACAGGACCUAACAGGAUUGGAUGUUUCCACAGCAGAGGAACUACAGGUGGCAAAUUAUGGAGUGGGAGGACAGUAUGAACCCCACUUUGACUUUGCACGGAAAGAUGAGCCAGAUGCUUUUAAAGAAUUGGGAACAGGCAACAGAAUUGCUACUUGGUUGUUUUAUAUGAGUGAUGUAUCAGCAGGGGGAGCUACUGUAUUCCCUGAAGUAGGAGCUAGUGUUUGGCCUAAAAAGGGAACAGCUGUAUUCUGGUACAAUCUUUUUCCAAGUGGAGAAGGAGAUUACAGCACAAGGCAUGCAGCCUGCCCAGUACUAGUUGGAAACAAGUGGGUAUCCAAUAAAUGGAUCCAUGAACGAGGUCAGGAAUUCCGAAGACCGUGCACUUUAUCAGAGUUGGAAUGAUGCAGACUUUUCCCUAUCCUAUACUCGAGUUUGUGUAAAAUAUGUCUCCCCCAUUUAACUUUCUACAGUUUUUACAAUUUACUAACACUCCACUACAGAUACAGUCUCCAACCACAUCCAGUAUUGUCUGUGAAGAAACACCUACAUUGUUUUAGUUCACUCUACAAUAUCCCUGUUAGUUUUAUAUAGAGAGAAUAUAUUGAGAUUUUUCAGGCUAGAAGGACAAAAUAUAGUUGUCAGAAAUAACAGGGAUAAUUUGUGAUUUAUAGUACCCUUUACUCUGUAGAAUUUCAGAUCAGCAGAGAAAGCCAGUAUGUGACUUGUGUUAGUCCUCACAAGCUUGAGUUUACCAGUGGUAAAAAAACAUGAACAAUCUAAUUUCAAGCACAGACUCGUUGUUUGGAGGGAUGCAUUAAACCAAUCCUUGUCUCCAGCUCCCAAACUCAACUCUUUGUUGUAGCUUGCCUCACCACUACAAUUGAACAGUGGGCGUGGUUUGUGUUUCUCUGCGUGACAGGUUACCUUUGUGUUUAUCCUAGCCUGUUUUUUCAAUACUACACAAGCCCAGACUUAACGGACUUGUAAAUUCUCUCUCAUGCCUCUAAAGUGAAUUUGACUUGUAACCCAGAGAAUGUGAGCCCGCAGUCAUAUAAAGUACGUGUCGGAUACCUGUGUGCCUCAGAACAGCCUGACAGAAAUGACCUGCUUUCCAGGUCUAGUUUUGUUUUAUGACUUAGUUUGUCCAUUU